AUGUCACCAAUCGUUGACACAGAAACCAUCGCCUACAGCUGGGAUCGAGAGCUCGAACACCAGAGCAACGGCAAUGCUGAUAUGAACUCGCGAGCUGUUCGGGGCUAUGAGUUCCUCAAGACCCGUUCCAUCGAUGCACUUAGGGACGAGGCGGCGUCCAAGAACCAUUAUGCGGUGUCCCUAGGAUCAUCUGCCAUUGCCUAAAUAGCUAGCUACAUCGCUCUCUGCCCGUUCGAGGCUGUUCGCAUCCGCUUGGUCUCGCAGCCGGGAUUCGGGCGUGGUCUCGGGGAUGGAUUCGCAAGGAUUGUCAGGGAAGAGGGGAUUUGAGGCCUGUACUCCGGGUUGGGUCCGAUAUUGCUCAAGCGGGUAUUAUACAUAUUGGCGACCUUCGUCGUAUACGAGAAUGCUCUCGAGCCAGCCUACUAUCAGACAAG